UGUUCCUCGAUGUAUAAGAAUGGAUUGUGUACUGAAAACACAUAACUUGAGGACAUUCAAAAGGCAUUUCGUUGCGAGCAUAUGGAUGACAUGGCGGGUGAAAAAAGUGUUAUUAGAGGUUCUAGUCACUUAAAUCAGUGGAUCGAACGUUGGUGGCGUUUCUUACGACAGGAAACAUGCGAUUAUUGGAUGAAUUUCUUUGCCGGUAUGGGGGACGAAGGGCUGCUGUCAACAUCUGAACAAUUACAUAUAGAAAUCGUAAGAUUCUGCUUCACAGACCUCAUACAGAGAGACUUAGACAGGGCGAAAGCGGAGUGGAACAGUCACAGAAUCAGGCCAUGCAGAUCUACAUGCCCAUCAGGAAAACCCGACCUUAUGUAUUACAUUCCACAAUUAUUUGACACAGUUGACUACAAGGUGGAAGUGAAUAUUGACGACUUAAACCAAGUGACAGCAACUUAGGGUGUUCAUAGGUGGAGAGGAUGCUCAAUAGAAUCGAAUGCUACAUUUUCCAGAAUCACACAGCAACAUGGACUUCCAGCACCUUCCACUGUGGAUGAUGCACUUCUGAUUUACAAGGCCUUGUUACAAGAUUAGCCAGUUACAUUCUUAAUAAGCUUCUGUGCUACCACAGAUUUUAAUUUUCUUUAUAAGAUAUCUGCAUAAGAAGGAAAGAUAUUCAGGGACUUAAAUGGAUUCCCAUUUCUGAGCGACCAAUGUGAAAAUUUAUAUCCAGACAGGCUAUAAUGCAAGAUACAAGUCUUGGGUUCUGGUUUACACGACUUUGAGAGUCCCCCACCACAAAUUAGAAAUCUAUACAUUUAGUUUAUUUAAAAACAAGAGCGCCGCCAAGCGGGGCAAUAUACGCCCGAAGGCUUACAUCAGAGGAUGGUAUCAAAAUUUUAAGAACUUGACUGUUGUAGCCCCAAAGGACUGGAACAACAAAAGGAAAACUUCAAAAAACAAAUCUAAGUCCACAAAAAAAAUAUUCAAAGUCAACAAAAAAUCCUUAUCAGGUACAGAUAUGAAAAGAUACAUCUUAACAUUGGAGGUACCAUCCAUGUUGUACCACAGAAAAGUGGUCUCGGUUUUUCCCUACGGCCUAUAAUAAAAAAGUUUCAAAAUAAGCUAUUUAAAGUAACAUAAAAGGGAAGUAAUUCAAAAAAAGAAUUAUUGCAAGUACAAAAAAGAGAUCUGCCAAACAAAAACAAGAGCACUGCAAUGCAAUAUACACAAAGCAAAGUCAUAUAUGACCUUUGACCCUUAAGUGUGACCUUAACCUUGAAGCGAGUCAUCUGGAACAUGCGCUCUGCACAUCGUUACAAUGUGGUGAACAUUUCUGCCAAGUUUCUUUAAAAUCCUUCCAGCAGUUCAAGAGUUACAGAGCGGACAUGAAACAAAUUGAUAUGACUUUUGACCCCUAAGUGUGACCUUGACCUUGAAGCAAGUCAUCCGAAACAUGCGCUCUGCACGUCGUCUUGGUGUGGUGAAUAUUUGUGUCAAGUUUCUUUGAAAUCCUUCAAGGGGUUCAAGAGUUACAGACAAACUGAUAUGACCUUUGACUCCUAAGUGUGACCUUGACCUUGAAGCGAGACAUCCAAAACAUGCGCUCUGCACAUCGUCUCAGUGUGUUGAACAUUUAUGUAAAGUUUCCUUGAAAUCCUUUAAGGGGUUCAAGAGUUACAGAGCGGACACGAAAUUGCUAACGGACAGACGGACACCAGCGUCAUAACAUAAUACGUCCCUUCGGGCGUAUAGAAAGGCAAUGGUUACAGAAUUUCUACAGAACAAAUCAUAAUACAUGUAUUUCUUUUAUUUGUUUACAAACACAGAAAUGAUUUGUGCCGAGUCAGUGACUUGUUUUGGAAAAAGUGACUACCGGUAGUUGACAUUAGUUGUGACCUUGACAUUGACCAUCUUUAUAUUUCCUUUUGUGCUUCACAUGAACUGUCCAUAUUGUACAUCAACAUACAAAAAUCAUGAAAAUAAUAGUUUGGUUUAUAAUAUCAAUCAAGGUUUAAAAACAAAAAGAAAAAACAUUAAACAUUUUGCAGAUGGUGGCCGUCUUGCCUUCCAUUUUGAAAACUCCUAUUUCAUCAAGACAUUGAAAUAAGUUUGCUAUAAAAUGCGACUGUUUCUUCAAUUAUGAUAACAAUA